GGCUUCCGCUUCCUCCCGCCUGAGGAAGAUGGCGGCGGCCUCGGCUUCAGCCUCGGGCCUGUCCAAGGCCGAAUACCUGCGGCGGCGCUACCUGGAGGCCGACGGGCCGGAGGCGGACUCGGAGGCCAAGAAGCGGCGCAAGAAGAAGAAGGCGGCGAAGGAGCUGCCGCCGGGAAGAAUUCGCAUAGUGGAUGAUGAUGACACGAGCUGGAAAAAUGUCCCUAUUGAGCAGGAAAAAGAGGAUGAGGAGGGGGAUGAUGGAGACUUGCCUGUGGUGGCUGAGUUUAUUGAUGAGCGGCCAGAUGAAGUUAAAUGGAUGGAAGAAUUCCGAACUAGUAACAAGUGGAAGCUCUUGGGAGAUCAAAAGAAAGAGUCAGAAGAAUCUGAUCGUUCUGUGACUGCAAAGUCAACAAAGAGUUCAGAUGCCACAAAACAAAAAAGAGCAAGGCAUUCGCCAGACCAGUCACCGCCGAGGAGACGUCAUGACUCGCUGGACCAAUCACCGCCCAGGAGGGUCCUCCGUGACUCGCCGGACCAGUCUCCGCCCAGGAGGAUCCGUUGUGACUCAGCAGAUCAAUCCCCACCCAGGAGGGGCCGUCGUGACUCACCAGAUCCGUCCCCGCCCAGGAGGGGCCGCCGUGGCUCACCAGAUCCAUCACCUAAAAGGCAUCAUUCUGACACAGGCAAAAAUAAUACCAGAAGCUCGCAUGGAGGCCGACAGGAACGCUACUCUGACAAGCCCUCAGCCCAUCAAAGGUGGCAAGCUACCUCUGACCUGUCACCACCCCAGAAGAAGACGCGUGAUUCUGAUGCCAGCCCAUUGCUGUCUCAGAAACGGCAGUUGCCCACUGGGGGUCUAGAAAAACAAAGCAACGCCAGAGACUCUGAAGCCAAUAAACGGUCCCAUUCAUCAGCACCUUCACCGAGGAAGCGCCAGAGGCAUGAUUCUGAAUCCGACUCCGAUUCUCCCCCACCCAGGAGGAGUGCCAAAACCUCCUCAGAUUCAGACCUUUCCCCACCACGGGCCUCUCGCAGUACACACUCACAGCGCCCGAGCUCUCCUUCCGACCUCUCUCCUCCCAGAAGAACACGGGGCAAGUCUUCAGACUCUGAUUUGUCCCCUCCCCGAAGAGGUCAAGAAGGCAGGAGGAAGGCCCACAGAUCCGAGAGCCCCCCUGACCUCUCACCACCUCGACGGGCCAAGGACACCAAAGGGAAGGAUGGCAUCCAAAAGGGCCCUCAGAUGCUUUCGGGGGGCAAAGCUGGCUUAGUGUCAGCUGAGCUGCUGAGGAAGGAGCAGCAUGAGCUCAGGAAACAGCAAAGCAGCAGCAAACAUUUGGAAGUUGAAUCACGACAUGCUGAAACAGUUUUCCGGGACAAGUCGGGACGCAAAAGGGACCUGAAGCAGGAGCUGCUGGAACAGCGCAAGAAAGCAGAGGAGAAAUCCGAGCGAGAUGAGCAGUAUGCCAAAUGGGGAAAGGGCCUCACACAGAGCCGGCAGCAGCAGCAGAAUGUGGAAGAUGCAGCGAAAGAAAUGCAGAAGCCACUGGCCCGGUACAUUGACGACCAGGACUUGGACAAGAUGCUGCGGGAGCAGGAGCGUGAGGGGGACCCCAUGGCCGAGUUCCUUAAGAAGAAGAAGGCCAAGGAGAAGAAAGAUACCAAAGAAAAGCCAAGAUACAAUGGACCAGCACCCCCACUUAAUAGGUUCAACAUCUGGCCUGGGUAUCGCUGGGAUGGAGUAGACAGGUCCAACGGCUUUGAGCAGAAGCGGUUUGCCAGGAUCUCAAGUAAAAAGGCAGUUCAGGAGCUGGCAUACAAGUGGAGUGUUGAGGACAUGUGAUUUUCCAUCCUGAGAUGGAACCUCCUCACAGUGCUGGAGAUGGAAGGCUCUCCUCUGUAACAGGGUUAAAGGGGUCCACCUAUCAAGACUGUUCCAGGUGGUUUUGGAAGGGCUUCGAGGCAGCUUGCUGUUUCCAGGCAGAAGGCGAGACUGAUGGAAUUCCUGCAGUAUAUAUAGACUGGACAAGGAGGAGUGAGAGAGAGCCACCUAUGGUGCAGAAGCCCAAAGUCCUUUUCGGAUGGAAACCUCUGGAAAUCCACUGCUGGAAGAAACUGGCCUCUUCCAUAUUAACCUCAUGGAGCAGUUGAGGUUGCUGCAGCUGAUCGUAAGCUGUAUUUGAAAUCUCAGGUGCUUUUUCUGGGUAAGGAGCAACAAGAGACAAGGUUAAGGAGGACUCCCUUCAUUGAAUAACGUUCCUUCUGCUCCUUGGAAGGGUUUGACUGUGUUUUCUUGUAGCUGCUGGCCAUGGUUGAAACCACUGGCUGGUUUGUGACUCUGAACAUCCUGGUGUACAUAAGCACAACAUCUUCCUGCGUUUUCUGUCUUGCACUGUUGGGUGCACACACUUCUGGACUGUGCAGUUUUUGCCUGGGCAGGGAGAAUGCUUUCCCAUAGCCUUUUCCUAAAAGGACCAGCUGGAAAUCCGCACUCUUGUAUUUGAGAAUAAACUCACCUCCAACAGCAGCUCAAGGAGCUAGUUGGGAAGUCAACGUGCAGAUUUUGAAACCCUUUUACAUUUCCCCUGAAGCAUCUGCUGGUGUCACCGAAGGGGUCUCCUCUGUUCCUGCAAAACAUAGGGAAGCUAAAUGCAAAGACUUUUUCAUAGGAAAUGGGAUUCUCUGCAGCUAAUUUUUUUACAACCCUUUGUAUUUUUGAUGUACAGUUUGUAAAUAACAACUUCCUUUUCCGAUUUGGUUGUAUGCAUUUUGUAAAGUUCUGUUACCACCAUGUUUAUACCAGGGAACAAGAAAGAUUUGGGCUUGA